GACAUGGCUGAGGCAAGAUUGCUUGACAUGUCGAGAGUUCCAUUCAUCCCAGGGAGGAUACACGCGACCAACAACGAGUUCCAGAGAUACGGUCCGAAGGGUUUCAUGGAGAUCAAGAUCCUCGAAAACGACAACCUUUACGUCCGUGUCGACUUGCCCGGUGUUCCCGACGACGGUGUCCGCCACAGAGUCGACUCCGUGAGGCAAAAGGUUGUCUUUUUAUCCGGUGAAGAAACUCUCGGCGACGAAGACGACAAGAAAAACGCCCGUGAGUACUCCGGGACAGCCGGUUUAGGGUGUGACUGCUGCGAGAUAACGGGAGUGGAUGCGAAGAUGAAAGAUGGAGUCUUGAGGAUGAUUGUGUCGAGGGUCAAAGUCAAAGACCAUGACAACAAGUGUACUCUCUUUCUCCCUCCUAACGCAGGCAAAUCUGGAAGGUACAAUCCAGAUGAAUCUCCGUGGAACUUGGCUGAGUUGGAGGAUCAUCCCUUUGUGGUGAAAGGUCGUAAGGACUCGUCCACUUCAGAAGCAACAUCCGAUGGAGGCCGUCUCUUUUCAUUGGAUCUGCCAGGUGUUUGUGGUGAUGAUAUGCUGGUGCUUCCCAAUGAGAACGAAGUCAAGUUCUAUGGUGAGAACAAGGAGUUGUGUGAGCACGAUGAGAGUUGCCGUAUCUUCAUGGGAGCCAUCAAGGGUUCUAGCUUUUGUGCUCCUGGAGUUCCACUUUUGAGCAACGACAUCGCUUGGGAUGCUGAGUUUGGUCUUCUCAAAGUGCGUGUCUCACCUCCUGGCAGCAACAUCAGCAGCGAGUAGUCAUGCUCUCAUCUCUCUAUUUUGUGUCUUUCAUUUCAAAUGUCUAUCUUGUUUUAGUUUGGGAGAACUUUUGAUCGC